AUGGAGCUGCUAGACGAAGAUUUUGCCACGAAGAAGUUGACGUGCUAUCGAGGGAUUGCCCGGUUACCACUGGACGCUUUGGGGUUUAGGCACAGCACCGUGCUCGACAAACAUCGGGAGGUCUCCCUUGAGAACGUUAGAAGAUUGGAGAGGAUAUAUGGGCAAGUUGGCUGCUUACGCUUGCAGGAUGAGAAUGUGGUUAAUGCGAUUGUUGAAGAUGACCACUUGAUUGCAGCAUUGUCUACGCAUGGAAUAUCACUUGACGAUAUGCGCAACAUUCGGUGGCCACAAGAAGCGCCUACUCUGCGUCUUGAAAAAGUAUACUGUCUUUCUGGUAUGCACCGAAUUGAGGCUGCAAGACGUUUUCUUGAUGAAAAUGACAAAUGGUGGACCGUGAGGCUAUUCUCUUAUGGUAAGUGGCAGAGUAUAUCUCUAUUACAUGCAUUAAUUCGAGAAUAG